UUUUUCACCUACUCAAUCACCUGCCUACCAUUUUCUACUUACGCGUUAGUAGAUUUUGUUAAGGACAAUUCUAUCUUUAUCUUGGUCCUAUCACCGAAAUCAGCCUACGAUGCCUACUACAGUAGAGUACCGCGCCGGGAAACGACCUCGUACCCAGUCUUUACCUCCUCCAGCUCUCCCGCAAUUGGUCGCCGAGCAGCAUGUGCCCAUAACCACCAGCGACAAGGAUGGCCAGAGACUCAUUGUGGUUUUGUCCAAUGCUAGUCUUGAGACUUACAAGGCGUCCCACGGUGGCGGUGUUGGUCGUGCGGGUAUGCAACGCGAAGACAAAUACUCGCUUCUCAACAGCGAUGAACACAUUGGGGUGAUGCGCAAGAUGAACCGGGAUAUUAGCGAUGCCCGACCCGAUAUCACACAUCAGUGCCUCCUCACUCUUUUGGAUUCGCCUAUCAACAAAGCUGGCAAGCUGCAGAUAUAUAUCCAAACCGCAAAGGGUGUCCUCAUAGAGGUAUCACCAACCGUCCGCAUUCCCCGGACGUUCAAGCGUUUUGCUGGUUUGAUGGUUCAAUUAUUACAUCGCCUAUCCAUCCGUUCAACAAACUCGCAAGAGAAGCUACUCCGAGUCAUCCAGAACCCAAUUACAGACCACCUUCCACCUAACUGUCGCAAAGUCACACUAAGUUUCGAAGAGACUACCGUGCGUGUACGAGACUACAUACAGACUCUUGGACCCAAGGAAAGCAUAUGCGUUUUUGUCGGUGCGAUGGCUAAAGGCCCUGAUAACUUUGCCGACGAGUAUGUGGACGAGAAGAUUUCAAUCAGUCAAUACAGUCUCUCGGCUAGUGUCGCUUGCAGCAAGUUUUGCCAUGCUGCUGAAGAUGCUUGGGAUAUCCUUUAGGUUUACCCCUGAAUCUAACCCCUUAUAGAAGAUGGA